AUGAUGCUCAGUCCUGACCAGACCGAGCCCGAGCUGCCCUGGGGACAAACGGACACAGAAACCCUUCUGGACAGUGUUCAGUGUGGGUCCAUGUCUGCCGAGCCCGCGGAUGGAGAGGGCAAGGCGCGCUCCGUGCACGUGCCCGCCCUCAGCAGAGAGGAGAAGAGGCGGAGGAGGCGCGCGACAGCUAAAUAUCGAUCCGCGCACGCCACCAGGGAGCGGAUCCGUGUAGUGGCCUUCAACGUGGCCUUUGCAGAGCUGAGAAAACUGCUCCCAACGAUCCCACCGGACAAAAAGCUGUCCAAGAUUGAGAUCCUAAGACUCGCCAUUUGUUACAUCUCCUACCUCAACCACGUGCUGGAUGUUUAG